CAGCGAGUUCGCAAGCUUAGAGAGAGAACUUCCCAGAGGACACAGCGCCAAUUGUGUGCCUGCAGAGCCCGAGCUGCCUGCUGUUCAACCCCCAUCCGACGCCUCCCCAAUUCCCUCCAUCUCCCGGCAGCCAUGGGCUCCGCGUGGAAAUGGACCAAGAUGAUCACGGUUGGAGCCGUCGUUUGUGUUGGCGGCCCGAUGUUCGUGAACUACGUGCGGCCCACGGAAGAGGAGCUGUUCCAGAGAUUCAACCCCGAGCUUCAAAAACGUAACCUCGCAAACCGCGACAAGAGACAGCAAGAGUUCGACGAAUUCGUCACCAAGCUGAAAGAAUACUCCAAGUCCGACAAGCCCAUCUGGGUCGUCGCCAAAGAAGCCGAAGAGCUCCAGAAGAAACAGCAACGAGAGGCUGCCCUUGCCGCGAAGAAAGCAGCCGCCGAAACUCCCACGGACAAGCCAACGCAAUAAUAAUAAAAAGAGGGCUCGCUCCGCGCAAAACACCUUUUACCGUCGGAUAAUUUUAGAACCCCCCCCCCGGGGCUCCUCCCUCCUCUAUAUACGCCGAAAGGGGUAUGAUCGUAUGACUCAAAGGGGGAUUUAAAUAAACGCUCUCUCCCCACCCAUUUGUGCGCUAAGAGUUGGUAGAGUUAGAAUCGGGAUAUGAAUGAAGCGCGAACUUGUAUAUUACCACAUGCCGCUUGGCGCUCCACGCCUUGGGUGUGUUUCUGAACAAUCAAACCAAAAAGAAAGGAAAAGAAAGCCAUUGGACGGGGCGUCUGGCGUAUUUUGAAAUAAGCAUAACAAGAGAGGUGGAGAACAAUUCUACUCCACAAGCCAUUGACAAAAGAUUUAGUGUUGGAAUGUAUGUGAAUGUGUGUGUACGAUAUGUUUGGCAGCUUGCUUACUUACAAUACCAGAGGGCCCCGGGAGGGGGGGGGAGGGGAGGAAACGGGCGUGAUACUCUUUAUAAGCUGGAAAUCAACUCAAAAGUUGCGUAAACACUCUACUCGCCAUACGCCUUGAUUACACCAUUGGUAAAGAGCAGCGUCCAGGGAGGUGGACAAGAGCCAAUACAUAUACAGGACAGAAACAUCAGCACUGAGAACACACGAAUGCCAGAAAAAAAAAAAAAAAAAAAAAAGGAAAAAAAAGGCAUUAAGUGGAUAUAUUUAAUCCCAUAUACUCGGCAGACUUGCGAGGACGAAAAAAAAAAGAGAAAGAGAAAUAUCAGAUCCCACAAAACCCCAGCCCCGUUUCCCAAAAUAUACCUUGUAAAAAGCAGCAUAAGCACAGGCAACAAUGACAAUACGAUGCGCCACAGGGAGAAAAAAAAAAAAGAAGGUAGGCAACAUGUUCGUUACAUAUUCACAGCAAAAUAUUAACUUUCUAAGAUACCAUCCACCACGCCCCACCAAGAAUGCCGAUGAGGACCACGCUUGUCAGGAAUCCAGCACCAACUCUAUCGCCGGUGGUGAUAUCACUAAGCUCGAACGUGGGGUCGCUUCCAGUGCCAGCGGACGGGUUUCCUCUGCUGAUACCCGUGGAAUUGUCUGCCGGGCCUGCAACAAGGUCGAUGAGGUUCGACUGGAUGAUCUCCAACGCGGCCAUCUGCUCUCCAACGCCGGUAGAGCCAUCGUAAGCCUCACCCUUGGUCCAGCGCAGACCACACGCGUUGUCAGGGCCACUACAUUGCAAUGCCGCUGCUGUGGCGGAUGCUUGCAGCUUCGGUAGCAGUCUGUCACGCGUAUACGGCGCGAGCUUGAUCGUCAUUGCCAUCCAUCGGGAAAGGUAGGCUUUGAAAGACCGUUGGUCGAUGUUACACUUUCCGUUGCCCUCGCAAGCCACUUCGGUCAUAACAUCUGGUGGAUCCUUGGAGAAGAAAAUGCCAGCUGCAUCGAUGAGACCAUUAAGUCGUUUUUCCCAAAUAUCAGCUCCCU